CUAAACCCAAUUAAAAAACAAACCGUCCUCUCUGCCUGCGACUCUCUCUCUUCAGCCCUCGAAAGCGAAAUUGAACUGCGCCAAAGAAAAAGCAACCGCUCUAAAAAACAAAACGGAUCCGAAAGAAGACGAAUCAGAAUAACUGAAAGCCGUAACCCUAGGAGGAGCUUAUCCUCUCUCUUUCGCCGGUGGACGUGAGGACUGGAACAAUUAGAUUAGGUUUUUGGAAUUAGGGUUUGGUUUAGGUUUUCAAUUAAUUUUUUUUUCUUUGCGCCAUAGUUGUGAAGAGAAUUGGACAAUAGACGGAUUUGAAACUAGGUUUUCGGUUUAGGGUUGAGUGGUCUAGGUUUCGGUGAUGGAAUGCGCAAUUGAUGGUGCCCCUAGCUGGUGUCGCUGAUGACUGGAUGCCCAUGCCACCAACGGACGAUUAUGAUGGGCACUGGUGGGGACGAAGGUUGUUGCACCGAGGAAAAGCCUUGCCUACCGACUUCUGGGGUUCUGGUGACCACUGUGGCGAACCAACUAGCAACAAAGAAUCCCACUUCAGUAGGGGUUGAUUUGUUUUCCCAAGCACGAAAAGCACUAAGCCAGCGUUCCCCUCUCGAUGUCCCUGAGGACGGGCCUGCUUCAGCUUCUAGUAUAAUUACUUUGCCUAGUAGGUUGGCCAGCUGGUUGAAGCCGCCUGAUAGUAGAAAGAGGCGCAAAAAGGGUCACUCUGGUACUGACAAGAAGUCUUCCCGGGCUGGUGGUAGGUUUCGUGGGGCCAAUUUUUGGGAUGAUAAGGAGGUGUAUUUCAGAGACUUGACGUUGCCUGAUAUCGAUGCUUUGUACAAGGUAUCUUCACUUAGUUCUCUAGCUUCUAGGAAGUGUUUUUUGAUUCCGCAUUUAGGGAAUGGGAUGGUUGCAAAUGUGGAAUGCAUUGAGACAACCAAUGUGGGUAAUGGGAAUGGGUUUAGAACAGAAGAAAAUAGCCAGGACCAGCAGUCUGUGGAAAUCAACAGUAUAUUAGCUGAAUCCUUGGAUAAGGAAGAUGGAAAGAAUUGUUCUGCAGGAGAUUCAGCUGGCAGUUUUGAGUGGAUUUUAGGAAGUAGGAAUAGGAUUUUGUUGGCAUCAGAGCGCCCCUCUAAGAAGAGGAAACUUCUAGGUGGUGAUGCAGGGUUGGAAAAGGUUUUGGUUGGUCAUCCUUGUAUGGGGAACUCAUCUUUAUGUGACUUUUGCUGUAGUGGGGACAUGGGUAACGAGUCAAACCAAUUGAUUGUCUGCAGUUCUUGCAAGGCUACUGUUCAUCACAAAUGUUAUGGUGUAGAAGAGGUUGUAAAUGACUCUUGGUUGUGUUCUUGGUGUAACUGUAAGGGUGCUAGUUGUGGCUCAUCGAACCCCUGCGUACUUUGCCCGAAGCAGGGUGGUGCUUUGAAAUCUGUUGAUAAGAGGGUAAAAAAUGAUGGAUGCGGGGAGUUCGCUCACUUGUUUUGUUCUCUCUGGAUGCCCGAGGUCUAUAUAGAGGACUUGACGAACAUGGAACCUAUUAUGAACAUGGGAGAAAUAAAGGAAACCCGGAGGAAAUUAGUGUGUAGUAUAUGCAAGGUGAAGUGUGGCACAUGUGUUCGGUGCAGUCAUGGAGCUUGUAGAAUUUCUUUUCAUCCUAUUUGUGCGAGGGAGGCUGGAAACAGAAUGGAGGUCUGGGGAAGUUAUGGAUGUGAAGAUGUUGAGCUACGGGCUUUCUGCUUAAAGCACUCAGAUGGCCUUGGCAGUUCUAGUACGGCACAAGGACAUUCUUCUCUUUCUAUUAAUGGUGAUGUGUCUGAUACCACUCAACUUUCAUUAUUGUCGAUGAACAAGCUGGAUAGCCACAGAAGUGGUGAUAACAUUUCAGUCCACCAAGGAACUCGUCAUUCUCAUGAUAAAUGCAAUGAUGGAGAAUUAGCAGCGUUUGGCUUGUCUGAUACCAUACUAAAAACUGAAAUUGUCUCAGAAUCUGCUGAUACCCAGCAAGCGAAAAAUAUGGCUGACAUGUCUAUGUCAGAGAGGAGAAACAGUGAUGAUUUUAAGCCAUUUGACUGUGUGAAUCUUGCGCCGAUUCUGAAGAAGUUAAUUGAACGUGGGAAAGUCAGUGUUAAAGAAGUGGCGUCAGAUAUUGGCAUUCCACCUGAUUCAUUAUCUUCUAAACUUGCUAAUGAUAGCUUGGCUCCUCAGCUGCGAUUUAAAAUAGCUAAAUGGCUCAGGAAUCAUGCAUACGUGGGUGUUCUGCAGAAAAAUCCGAAUGUUGAUGUGAAAUUCCCAUUAAAAGAUGAGAAUGGAACAGUUGAUUCUCCUGAUAGUGUAACCGUAACAGAGUCUGGUAUAACGGUUCCUGUUGCUGUUAAGUGUAUACCUCCUAGGAGAAGAACCAACAACAAUAUUAGGGUUUUGAGUAAUGACAAAGUAAUUCCAUUCUAUGAGGAAUUUUUAAAGGAGAUUGGGAUAGCAACCAAUGAGGUUAAAGUAGACGGAGUGGUCGGUGAUGAACAAGAAAAUUCAAGUGAACGGACCAUCACCAAUGCUUGUGAAAAGAGCUCGUCUAAUCCUGAUGGAUUUCAUGAUUCUGUGGCAAGUCAUUCACCUAAGUCUGAAGAUGUUUCAGGUGAGCCAUCAAAUGGAAACUUACAAGCACUUAGUCAGCCCAAGGUAGCAGCUGUUCCUCAGCCGGAUAUUCUAGGGAAUGGCAAUCAGGGAAGUCUUGUUUGUGCAAAUGGAAAUUCAGUUGCCAUUGAUCUCAUAAAGAUGGGAGCAGCUUCUAAUUGUUACAUUCACCCCUACAUCAGUAAGAAGUUGCAUAUGCAUAGUGAAUUGUUUCUAAAGAACACAGACUAUGAAGUUGAAGGUAGAAGAGAUAGGAUGUAUGAUUUUGAUGAUCCAAAGCCGGAAAGAAGAUCUCGUCUGGAAGAAUCUUCCCAUGCCAGUGCCUGCUGUAAUCGCCAAAAUCAAUGUUCAGAUUGCAGCGACUUGAUUUUCCAAUUAGAUAGGGCAAAGUUAGAAGAGCUUGCUGAGGCUAGGGAAGUUGGACCUCUAGAGCUGUGCCCUAGAGAUGAAGUUGAAGGGGAAAUUAUUUAUUUCCAACACAGAUUGCUCGGGAAUGCAGUUGGAAGAAAGAGCUUCACUGAUGGUUUAAUUCAUAAGGUUGCUGAGAGCAUAUCACAUGAAAUUGAUGUGGCACAUAGCCAAAGUUGGGAUGCUGCGCUUGUUAGCCAAUAUCUCUGUGACCUUAGAGAAGCAAAGAAGCAGGGUAGGAAAGAAAGAAAGCAUAAAGAAGCCCAGGCUGUGCUAGCUGCUGCAACUGCUGCAGCUGCUGCUUCAUCUAGGUUUUCAUCAUUUAGAAAAGAUGCAUUUGAUGAGUCUGCUAAUCAGGAGAAUUUGAUGAAAUUGAAUAACUCUAGUGGAAGGAUUGGCACUUCUUCUCAGUUGAUGCCUCGGCCAAAGGAGACACUUUCAAGGGUGGCUGUCCCAAGAAUUUCAACCGAAAAGUAUUUUGAUUAUGUUCAGUCUGUUUCAGAUUUUUCCAAAGACCAUCCUAGAUCAUGUGACGUAUGCAGAAGAUUUGACACAAUGCUGAACCCUAUCUUAGUGUGCUCCGGUUGCAAGGUUGCAGUACAUUUGGAUUGCUAUCGUAGUUUGAAAGAAUCUAAAGGUCCAUGGUUCUGUGAAUUAUGUGAAUCAUUGUUGCCAUCCAGAUGCCCUGGAGAUCCUACGGUCAAUUUUUUGGAGAAACCCUAUUUUGUUGCAGAAUGCGGUUUAUGUGGUGGCACUACCGGUGCUUUUAGGAAAUCUUCUGAUGGUCAAUGGGUCCAUGCCUUUUGUGCAGAGUGGAUCUUUGAAUCAGCAUUCAGAAGAGGACAAGUAAAUUCUGUUGAAGGAAUGGAGACACUUACAAAGGGGGUUGACACUUGUUGUAUCUGUCAUCACAAACACGGUGUUUGUAUAAUGUGUAACUAUGGUCACUGUCGGACCACAUUUCAUCCAUCGUGUGCUAGAAGUGCUGGCUUCUACAUGAAUAUUAAGACUAGUGGUGGCAAGUUGCAACACAAGGCUUACUGUGAAAAACAUAGCUUGGAACAAAGGACAAAGGCUGAGACUAAAAAACAUGGACUUGAGGAGUUGAGGAGUAUCAAGCAAAUCAGGGUCGAGUUGGAGAGAUUACGCCUUAUCUGUGAGAGAAUUAGCAGACGCGAAAAGAUAAAGAAGGAGCUGGUUCUUUGUUCACAUGACAUACUUGCCUACAAAAGAGACCACGUUGCUCGUUCUGUGCUUUCUUGUAGUCCCUUUUUCCUUCCAGAUAGUUCAGAAUCAGCUACAAUAUCCCUCAAAGGCCACACAGAGGAUUACAAAUCUAGCAGUGAAGCAAUCCAGCGGUCAGAUGAUAUAACUGUCGACAGCACACUUUCUUUUAAGAACUUCAUCAAGGUUCCUGUAUCCAGGGACACUGACCAAAAGAGAGAUGACAGCUCCUUGUCCCAAAAUAUAUUUACAAGAAAGGCUACAGAUGGGGUGCCAUUGUCUGGCAAACAAAUCCCUCAUAAACCUUCUGGUUCAUCUCUUAAUUCUUUGGAUGAUGGAGAAUGGAGUUCAAAAUCAAGAAAGCUCAUCGAAAGUUUUGAAAAAGAACUGGUUAUGACGUCAGAUCAAGCUUCUAUGAAGAAUCAACAAUUACCCAAAGGAUACGUCUACAUCCCAGUUGAUUGCCUUUCAAAGGAUAAAAAGGUCAUCCAGGAUGAUUGUUCCAGUGAGCCUCAUGAUGGGUAAUAUCUGCGUUAUUGAUCUUCUUGAUGGAAGUCAACAGCCACCUGCCUGGGAAACUGGUUUCUGCCUGUGGGAGGUUUGCACCUGAGCACCAACCUGAAAAGAAAAAAGAAAAAAGAAAAAAGAAGAAGGUGGUUUGCACCUGAGCAAAAGUGAUGAAUGGCAGAGUUGAUGCAGUGAAAGAACUCCUGUGACAACUUGAAUGUGACUAUAGGAGUUCCAAUCUGGUUUGUGGUGGAAAGUUUUGGCUUCAGUGUUGUAUAUUCGUUGUGAUAUUAACUAGUGAAUGAGGUUUAUUCUGCAGCUUGUUCGUAAAGUGGCUCAUGGUCAGUUGCAAGGAUGGAAGGGUAUCCCUGCUGUGCUUGGUCUGUAGAGUUGGUGUAUAUAUCCUCAUUCUUAUCACUUCUCACAGAAAUGCACUCAAUGUAACAUUGAUGAUGGUGCUUUUAGAUAACCUUUUUCUGUUGUGACCUUAUUUACUUUAUUUUUUAGCUAAUGGAUUACAGAUUUAGGAGGUGUGCAGAUGUUCUUUGUCUUCCAUCAAACUCUGUUCCUGUUGCUAGUUAUCCUGGAUGUAGGAUCCCAGGGUGAUCGGGCUCAGAUCUCUGAUAUGCGACAAUGCGCUUCUGUUCAUUGCUCGGAAAUCCUGAAACUGAUUUCUCAGUUAGCUUUCGCGCCCGACCCCGCCCCUCUCCUUUUUUUGGGUAGUCAGUAGUGUAGUUUUCGAGUGGUGAUAAACAUAGAAGAGAAAUAAAAUGAUGGGUUCGAAUGAUCUUAUUGGAUAUGGUCAUGGGAACGUUUUACUUCAGUUGUAUGUUAGAUCAUAAAACAAUGAAGAUGAGUGUUUCAUAUUUUGGAAAGAUAUUUAUGGAACGAAAUUCAGCCGAUUCGUUC